AUGGACGUUCAAGCUCGAGUCGAGGCCGUCGUAGUGCUCCACAUUGAGCACUACUAUCAAGAUCUUCUAUUAAAUUUCUCAGCCAUUCAGGACUUAAACGACGCAGCAAGAAUCAUUAACGGCUUUCUACUGUGUGACGACAAAUUUGGCGUUAACACUGGCUGCAGUGCUGUGGUCACACUCAAAGUUUCCCAUGCCCAUUUUCCACGUGUCGAGAAUUGGGUAGUUUCAUACCGAAAGGAAAAAUGGAAAACAAGAGUAUAUCGCUUUGUUUUUCUAAAAGGGAUAAACCUUUUUGGGAACAUCUGGUUUUGGUUAUAUUUGGUGUUACCUCUUGCUGUACAAGUUCGUCGAACCCUGUUUAUUAAUCCGCCCGCUUGGGGCCACGGGCGGAUUCGAUCUACAUCACUAUUUGCUCAGCCUUUUCAUUUGAAAGACUUCUUAGGUUAG